AAAGCCAGAGAAGUGUUUUUAGGAGUGGUAGUAAAAGAAGUAUUUUUGAAAUUGCACCAACAGCACCGCCUUUAUUGGAAUUAAUAGAUAAAAAGGGUAAAAAGUGAAAUUGCCAGACGGAAUUUGUUGGCAUUGUGUAGUUUUGUCCCUUCUGUCCGUUCGAAGUUAGCAGCUGCGGUGCCAGUGUGAUCAUUUGGUGCAAGAAAUAGUUGUAUUUUUUAAAUUCUGCUUGCUACUUUGCCGAUAAAAAAUUUCUUUGUGUUGGAAGAAGUGAAACAGUAGCCGUAGCAGAAAUAAGUGCCGUCGUAGUGUGUGGAAAAUUAUUUUUCUCUGCUGCCGAAAACUGUGAUCCGUCGUGUGUGAAAAAGAAGAGCAAUCAGCACUAAGUAAAAAAAGGAAACAAGUCAAGCGAGAGCAGCUAGCUGUUUCGACCAGUAGUACCAGCGGAAAAGUUCCUCAAAAUGGUUAUCAAAGUGUAUAUCAGUGGAAUGUCUGGAAGCAAGGAGGUGAAAAAACGCCAACAGAGAGUUACAAUGAUCCUCGACAGCAAGCACAUUUCCUACAACGUAAUCGACAUCACCGAACCGGGCCAGGAGGCAGAGAAGGACUUUAUGCAGAAAAACUCAGAACACAAUGGUGCGACCAUCAGCGAUCAGAACCCAAGACAUCCACUGCCUCCUCAGCUGUUCAACGAUGCGGAAUACUGCGGCGAUUAUGACGAUUUUGAUUUGGCCAACGAGGUGGACAAUCUGGAGGUAUUUCUCAAGCUUGAAGCACCCAAACCGCCAGCGGACAGCACUACUGAGGUGAGCGAAGAUCAGCAGAAAAACGGCACCGGCGACGAACAGGACCAGAGCCAGGUGACGGCGACGGAGGCCACGGCAGAUGAUGAUGACGAAAACAAAGAAAAUAAGACUGAAGAGGGAGCGAAUGAGGAUAACAUCGAAUCGAAGGGGGAAAACAAUCAAAAAAGCGACGAAGAAAGUGACGCAAACAAACAGCCUAUCGAAGAAUCAGUAACAGAAGACGGUCCCGAUCAAGACCCAGCAGUCAAUGAAAGUGCUGCAAUAGAAGAGAAGAAUGCUGAACAAGAUGAGGAGUCGAACGAUGAGAAGAUGGAUAGCAUCCCUGCUCCUGAUGAAGCCGUAGAACAAGAAGCAACAGAAGCAAAAAUUGCAGAAGCUGAUAUGCAACAACUGCACAGUAGUUCCAAGGCAGAAGCAGUUUCGGAAGAUCAAGUGAAGGAUGAAGUUGCUCGAGUCGAAACACAGGAUCACAUGGAAAUCGAUGAGCCAGAACAACUUGAGCGAACAAGUGAACCACUUCAGUCACUGGAAGAAACGGCUGAUGAUUCAGUGGCUGGAAGUGAGAUCGAAAGUAAUCAAGAUUUAACUAAUACAGUCGAGACUGGGCAGUUAAAUGAAGGUAUAUCAGAAAAUGAACAUGGAAGCGGCGAAUCGUCGGAUAGUGACGAGCUAGAUUCCGUUAAAGAAGUGUUAAGUACAAAAACCGAAAAUGAAACCGAGCAAUUUUCAUUCGAACAAGAGGACACAAAUCAAAACAAGGAACUGUCUGACGAUGAAAGUGUUCAAGAUGAACCGCUGGAACCGAAGGGAAAUUAUAGUGAAGAGCCUGCAACCGACGCGGAUGAUGACGCGGAACAGAGGGAACUGUUGAAGGCGGCUGCAGCCAUGGGCAAACGAGAGGAUGAAGAAGAUGCACAGCCAGCAGACCCGGAGGAUGUGGACCUAGUUGAAGAGGAGGAAGAAUCCGGAAAACUUGCAGACAGCGAUGACCCAAUGGCUGCCGAACUGGAACAGGAAGAGUAAAUCGACCAUCAUCGA